AUGGACAUGAGCAUGUUUCUGGAUGUUGGGUUGAUGGAUGGCAAAGACACGGUCCCCCCGGGUGAUUUUUUUCCUGAUGCGCUUGAAUUAGCUGAGUCUGCGGAUCCACCCCACCUUGCAUUCACUGUGCAGCAUGAUGAUUUGGAAGUGUUGAGCGGUUUUCUUUCCGAGUGCAAUGAGCAGCAGGCCGCAGCCCCUCCGUCUCUUUCCCACGCGUUGGCGACUAUCGCCCCCGGUGCUUCCCCAUUUUCGGUAGGAAAAUCCACGCCCACCAUCGACAUUAACCUGUUCCACGCUUCCACCGGCCACGUAAAUGAAUUUUUGAUGCGUGAGACUGCCAAGCAGCAGGGUGUUCGGCUGGUCGGGGAGCUGCAGCCAUGUGUUGGCUGUGUAGAGGCGAAGGGCAGGAGGGCCCCGGUGCCGCGGCGUGGGACACGCGCGGCGGUGCCGUUCGGCAAGGUCCACAUCGAUCUCACGGGCCCGUUCACCGAGGCGAUGGACGGCUCCCGGUACCUGAUCAUGUUCGUGGACAGCGCAUCGCGGUGGCAACGGGGGUUUGGGAUGCGGGCGAAGAGCGACACCCUGAAGUACGUGAAGCGCUUCUUGGCCGACAUGAACGGCAUGGGCACUCCGGGAUGUUUCCGCAUGGACAACGGCGGCGAGUUCACCGGCGCCGCUUUCAUCGAGUUCUGCGACGCCGC